AUGAGCUUUGAGCCACCAUCUACACUCCUGGAACUCUCAAUGAAGAAUCUGCUUAGGAAUGAAGCCUUAGCCAUCUCAGUUCUGCAGCAGCUCCCCUCGGAGUUCUUCCCGUCCCUUUUCAAGGAGACCUUCAAGAGCAGACAUAUGAAGAUACUGACAGCAAUGGUGGCAGUAUGGCCCUUUGCCUGCCUCCCUGUGGGAGCAAUGAUGAAGGUCCCUGAUAUAGUGAUAUUGCAAGCUCUACUGGAUGGUGUAGACAUCAUGUUGACAGACAAGGCUCACUUCAGAAGGUCAAAACUUCGAGUGCUGGAUCUGAGAAACAUGCACAAUGUCUUCUGGGAUGUAUGGCCUGGAAUACAAGGUUUAGACUGCUCUAAAGGGACAUUGAGUAAGAAGCAAACAGGAAAUGGCCAUUUUAGAUAUGCCGUGAGGAGGCUCCUGAAGGUGGUCACUGAUUUUGAUCUAAGAUUUGACCUGAAUGAACAGCAAGCAUACUUGUUGCAGUGGGCCCAGCAGCGAAAAGGUUCUGUGAGGCUGUGCUGUAUAAAGAUGUCCAUCUGUGUGACUCCUUUAGACACUAUCAUGAUGGUCUUGAAAACUUUCCAGCCAGACUACAUUGAGGAACUGGAACUAUCCACAAACUGGUCUCUGGUCAUACUGAGUCAUUUUGCACCUUGCUUUGGACAGAUGAGAAAUUUGCGCAGACUCCAUCUAGCUCGCAUUUACAUGAACACCAACAAAGCUGUAAAUACCGUGGCAAGCACAGAGGAGAAGAGUGCUGCCAGGUUCAUUUCUCAAAUUGCCAAACUCAACUGUCUACAGCAUCUCUCCAUGGAUGGUGUCUAUUUUUCCAGUAAGCACCUGAAACAGUUGUUCAGAUGUGUCAAGAGCCCUUUGGAGACUCUUUCUGUCAGUCUCUGCCAGAUCUCCCAGUCAGACUUGAAACACUUAUCCCAGUGCCGGAGAUUCUUCCAUUUGAAGCACCUGAACCUCUUUGGUGUAGCAUUAUUUAACUUAUGUCCCACACAUCUGCUUUUUCUCCUCAAGAAUGUAGGAGACACUUUGCAGAGCCUGGAGUUAGAGCACUGCAGGAUGGGAGACUCUCAUCUCAGUGCCCUCCUGCCUGCCCUGAGCCAGUGCCUCCAGCUAACCAGGCUCAACUUAUACGACAAUGACCUAUCCACGUCUAUCCUGAAGGAACUUCUCCAAAGCAUGACCCACCUAAGCAAGUUGACUGAGGAGUUCUACCCUGCUCCACUGGAAUGCUAUGGUGAAAGGGGUCAUGUCCUUGUUGACAAAUUUGCCAAACUAUGCCCUGAUCUCCUAGAUAUACUCCAGUCUAAGAGACAGCCCAAGAAAGUCUCCUUUGGAACAGAAUUCUGCCCUCAAUGUUUUCAGCGCUGUGUCUAUGACCUGAAGACCAGACUUUGUCCAUGUUUGUCAUAA